GAAUUAUCCAAUUUCUGUUUUCAUUCUGUAUGGUUGGAGAUUAUACUCUGAUAAUUUCAGUCCUUUUAAAUUUAUUGAGGCUUGUUUUAUGCUUAACAUGUGGUUUAUGUGUCCAAAACAAAAUGGACAAUGAUCCAUGUGUGCUGAGAAGAAUGAUAUUCUACUGUUGUUGGUUGGAUGUGUUCUUUAAUUGUCUAUUAGGUCUGCUUGGUUGUGGUGGUGUUCAGAUCUUCUAUGUCUUUGUUGAUCUUCUGUCUAGAUAUUCUACCCAUUAUUAAACAUGGAUAUUGAAGUUUCUACCUAUAAUUCUUGAAAUGCCUAUUUUUCGUUUCUGUUUAGUUGGUUUUUGCUUCAUGUCUAUUGGGGCUCUUUUGUUAGGUGCGUAUAUGUUUGUUUUUCCUUCACUUCUUCUCAAAUGCUCUUCCCUUCGUAUAUAGAUCUGAGUUUCUGAGAUGUAUCUUUCUUUUGUUUUCUUUUAAAAAAAAAUAUUUAGAGACAGAGUCUCACUCUCACCCAGGCUAGAGUGCAGUGGGAUGAUCAUAGCUUACUGUUACCUCAAAAGUCUGGGCUCAAGUGAUUCUACCACAUGAGCCUCUCGAGUAGCUAGGACUAGAGGUGCACACCACCAUGCCUGGUGUGUGUGUGUGUGUGUGUGUGUGUGUGUGCGCGCGCGCGUGCGUGUGUGUGUGUGUUUCUUUUUUUGAUAGAGACAGGGCCUUGCAUGAUGCCCAGGUGGUCUUGAUCUCCUGGCCUCAAGCAAUUCUCCUACCUUAGCUUCUCAAAGCACCGAUAUUGCAGGCAUGAGCCACUGCGCCUGGCCUUUUCUUCUUUCUGAAGAAUUUCUUUUAACAUUUCUUGCAAGUAAGUCUGCUGGCAACAAAUUCUCUCAAUUUUUGAUUGCCCAAGAAAGUAUUUCUCAUUCACUUUUGAAGAGUAAUUUUAUUGAUUUUGGAAUUCUAGGUUAGUGGGGUGUUUAUUUCAACAGAUUAAAUAUUUCACUGUAUUCUUUCUUGCAUUGUUUCUGAAGAUAAGUAUGGACCAUACUUUCUUGUUUCUUUGCAUGUCUCUCUCAUAAAUUCUUGUUGAAAACUGGACUAUUUAUUUAUUUAUUUAUUUUGAGACAGAGUCUUGCUCAGUGGUCCAGGGUGGAGUGCAGUGGUGUAAUCACAGCUCACUGCAGCCUCAACCUCCCAGGCUCAAGUGCUCUUUGCAUCUCAGCCUCUUGGUGGCUGAGACCAUGGGUGCAUGCCACCAUGCCUGGUCAAUUUUCUUUAUUUUUACUUUUUCUAGAGACAGAGUCUCAGUAUGUUGCCCAGGCUGGUCUUGAACUUCUGAGCUCAAGUGAUCCUCCUGCUUCAGCCUCCCAAAAUGCUGGGAUUACAGGCAUGAGCCAUCAUGCUAGGCCCAUGACACUUUAAAUAAUAUAAUGUGGUAUUUGCAGAAAUCAUGUUCUCAUCCCUUUUUAUGUUUUGUUGUUGUCACUGCCUGUUGUUCAUUUGUUUAUUCACUUUCCCAAAUUUUAUAAAGUCUGUAUUCUUUGUUAUACAUGGCCACUGGAGUCUCUGAUUGGUUAGCUUAGUCAUCAGCUCACAGUUGGACAUAAAUUUCCUUCUAUGCCUAGAAACAAUAUCUCCCAAUUUUUACUGAGGGGCUUUUUUGGAUUGGAGCAUUCCUUCAACACUUAACUAUGCGGUCCAUUUCCUGCUUGGGUAGAGCUGCAAGGUCAGUUGGAGGUGAGAGGUUAGGGUCUUCUCAGGUCUUUCCUGAGCAAGCACCUCUCUCCCUGGGAAUGGUUAUGUCUCUGCACGUGAGUGGUUUCCUAGAUUUUUAAGAAGAUGUGGGAGCUUUUUCAAGUCCCGAUUGACAUCUCAUUCCCCAGCUUUUCCCUUGAAGCUUUUUGGUUGCCUAUUUUCUGCCCUGUUAUCCACCUAUUCAGGCAGCCAUGAUUUUAAACAACUGCCUCUGAAUUUUUUCUAACAAAUGCCUUUUCAUGGUAAGCUGUGCUCACUGAGUGAGCUCUAACUCAAUUCAAAUGAAGACAGCCUUGGGAGUAGGAUGUUUCAGGGAAACAUCAGGCCAAAUAAUGAUAAUUUUCUGGUAAGGAGGCUUUCACAGAGCUCCAGCCCUGUUCUGUCCACUCGAGCGACUGUCAGCCUACUGGGUUUUCCCUGUGAUUGAAGGCUGAUGGUUUUCAAGACUACAUCAGAGCCGGUGGGCAGUGGGGAGGCAAGUGAAGAGAAAUGGGAAUGAAGCAAGUUAAAAUGCCACAAAACCUGUUCUUCAUAUUGAGAUUCAGCCAUUCGGAGGAAUAAAUGCUCCCCAGCUUGCUGUAAGCCUUUGGUUAAUUUCCAGAGUUCUGAAAUAAUUGAUUUCCACAAUUUUUCCCAGUGUCUUCAUUGAUUUAAUGGAGGAGAGGAUUUUCAGAGGUCCUUACUCCAGCAGUUUCGCUCCUGUCAUCCCAGCUCUGCCUCUGACUACAUGUUGGAUUUAUACAGAGGCACUUCAAAAAAGCUCAGAGAAUCGAAACUUUCUUCCCCUUACUGCCUACCAAAGAAAUGAGUCAGUGACAGUCAAGAUGGACUUAAUGUGCAAAAUGGCGAUUACACCAGAUUGGCUUAGGUCGCAUUCUCGCGCACGAAAAUUUACACAUUCAAGACCCCAUUCUUCACCAUGUAGAGUAUAUUCAAGGAAUGGUUCCCCAAAUAUGUUCAGAUCUUGUUCACCCACAGCUGUUGCAAAUCCAACACUGUCCUCCUUAGACGUUAAACGGAUUUUAUUUCAAAAAAUUACCGACAGAGGGGAGGAGUUGAAAAAAGCCUUUCAGCUGCUUGAUACUGGUCAGAACUCGACUGUGUCAAAAAGUGAACUGAGAAGAAUUAUCGCAGACUUCCUGAUGCCGCUCACACGAGAACAGUUUCAGGAUGUGUUGGCUCAGAUCCCCCUCAGCACCUCUGGUACUGUACCGUACCUUGAUUUUCUGUCCAGGUUUGGUGGAAUUGACCUAUAUGUAACUGGCAUAAAGAGGGGAGAUGAGAAUGAAAUGAAUGGCUGUUGUACAUUAAAAGAACUUGAAAUCCAAGUGGGAGAAAAGGUUUUCAAAAACAUUAAGACUGUUAUGAAAGCCUUUAAGCUCAUUGAUGUUAACAAGACUGGACUGGUUCAACCGCAGGAGCUCAGAAGGGUUCUGGAGACCUUCUGUUUGAAGUUAAGAGACGAGGAAUACGAAAAGUUUUCGAAACACUACAACGUCCACAAAGAUACUGCAGUAGAUUACAAUGUGUUUUUGAAGAAUCUUAGCAUCAAUAAUGACUUGAACUGUAGAUAUUUUGUGGGAAAUCAAGAGGUCUCAGUGGCGAAUCAACAAGCCAAAAAGUCCAAAAAGGAGCGUUUGCUCAGUUCUGCAUCAUCUGAAGGUGUCUGGAGAAACCACUCCUUGGACGAAAUUGAGAGGAACUUUUGUCUAGAACUUUCGAAGUCCUAUGAAAAGAUUGAAAAGGCCCUCAGUGCAGGGGACCCCUGUAAAGGAGGCUAUGUGUCUUUUAAUUAUCUAAAGAUUGUCCUCGACACCUUUGUAUACCAGUUACCAAGAAGAAUUUUUAUCCAGUUAAUGAAAAGAUUUGGACUUAAAGCCACCACUAAAAUCAACUGGAAGCAAUUUCUAACAUCAUUUCAUGAGCAUCAGGGGUUGGAAAUUAGCAAUAAAGUCUCCCUGACAAAAAGAAAUAGCAUCAACUCUAGAAAUGAAUCUCACGAGGAAAACAUCAUCACAAAGUUAUUUAGACACACCGAAGAUCGCUCUCCAUCACUGAAGAAAGCAUUACUGAUAAUCAACACUAAACCCGAUGGACAAAUUCCAAGGGAAGAAUUUCGACAUAUUCUAAAUCGUGUGGCUGUAAAACUAAGUAAUUUGGAAUUCAAAGAGUUAAUGCAGACACUUGACCCUGGGGACACUGGAGUGGUCAACACCAGCAUGUUGAUUGAUCUGAUUGAAGAGAACUCUAGGAUGAGAAAAAAUUCUCCCUGUACAGACACUAAGACACCUCUCCUCCCGGCCUGGGAUUCAGUGGAAGAAGUUGUCCAUGAUACAAUUACUAAGAACCUACAAGCUUUUUAUAACAUGCUAUGCUCAUAUGACCUUGGAAACACAGGGCUCAUUGGCCGAAAUAAUUUCAAGAAAAUCAUGCAUGUGUUUUGCCCGUUUUUAACGAACGCACAUUUCAUAAAACUCUGCAGUAAGUUUCAGGACAUUGCUUCAGGAAGAAUCUUUUACAAGAAACUUUUGGCAUACAUAGGAAUUGAUGGCCCACCCACUGUCCCUCCAGUUCUUGUUCCAAAGGAUCAGCUGUUAAGUGAACGUUUACAAAAAGAUGAGCAGCAGCAGCCAGAUCUUUCCAAGAGAACCAAGGCCACUGGGGAUCAAACCACCCCGACCAAGAAGAUGACCAAAGAAGAAGUUACUGAAAAAUUGAGAAACCAUAUACAGCAGCAGGACCCAGCAUUUAAAAGACGAUUUCUUGACUUUGGCAAGGAGCCUAAUGGAAAAAUUAGCAUGCAUGACUUUAAGAAGGUACUGGAAGACAUUGGGAUGCCCAUGGAUGAUGAUCAGUACGCCCUCCUGGCCACUAAAAUAGGCUUUGAGAAGGAAGGGAUGAGCUAUCUUGAUUUUGCGGCAGGAUUUGAAGAUCCUCCAAUGAGAGGGCCGGAAGCCACUCCGCCGCUGCAGCCUCCAACUCCUUCAAAAAGUUACAUGAACAGCCACUUUAUCACUGCAGAAGAAUGCCUGAAGCUUUUCCCCAGGAAGCUGAAGGAGUCAUUCCGGGACCCCUACUCUGCCUUCUUUAAAAUCGACACUGACAGGGAUGGCAUCAUCAACAUGCAUGACCUUCACAGAUUGCUUCUGCACCUGCUGCUCAAUCUCAAAGACCAGGAGUUUGAGCGCUUUCUCGGCUUCCUUGGCUUGAGACUUAGCGUCACUUUAAAUUUUCGGGAAUUUCGAAAUCUGUGUGAGAAGAGACCAUUGAGUACAGAUGAAGCACCUCAAAGACUCAUUAGACCAAAACAGAAGGUCGCGGACUCAGAACUAGCUUGUGAACAGGCUCAUCAGUAUCUUGUUACCAAAGCAAAAAACAGAUGGUCAGAUUUGUCUAAGAAUUUUAUAGAAACCGAUAACGAGGGCAAUGGCAUUCUUCGACGCCGGGAUAUAAAGAACACGCUGUACGGUUUUGAUAUUCCCCUCACACCAAGAGAGUUUGAAAAGCUUUGGGCAAGGUACGACACAGAGGGAAGAGGACACAUUACCUACCAGGAAUUUUUACAGAAAUUGGGUAUUAACUAUUCACCUGCUGUCCAUCGGCCCUGCAUGCAGGAUUAUUUCAACUUCAUGGGUCAUUUUACGAAGCCACAGCAGCUACAGGAAGAGAUGAAGGAGCUGCAGCAGAGCACAGAGAAGGCCGUGCCAGCCAGGGAUAAGCUUAUGGACCAUUACCAAGACAUCAGCAAAGCACUCACCAAAAUCGAUAAAUCCAAAACCAACUACAUAUCCAUAUGCAAGAUGCAGAAAGUGCUGGAAGAAUGUGGCUGUUCUCUUACAGAAGAGGAGCUGACCCAUCUGCUAAACAGUUGCGGAGUCAGCCGGCGUGAUAAUUCCAUCAAUUACCUCGACCUCCUGAGAGCACUGGAGGACAGCAAGUCCACAGGAAUUCAGCCCAAGGAAAAAGAAGAGAGCAUGCCAAUCAAUUUUGCAACACUGAAUCCACAGGAGGUUGUGAGGAGGAUCCAGGAAGUAGUUGAGUCCUCCCAUCCAGCUUUGUCCACGGCAUUUUCUGCAUUGGAUAAAGAGGAUACAGGAUUUGUAAAGCCUACAGAAUUUGGACAAGUUCUUAAGGAUUUCUGUUACAACCUAACGGACAAUCAGUAUCAUUAUUUUUUGAGGAAACUAAGAAUUCAUCUGGCCCCCUAUAUAAAUUGGAAAUAUUUUCUCCAGAACCUUAGCUGUUUCCUUGAGGAGACAGCUGAUGAGUGGGCUGAGAAAAUGCCCAAAAGCUCGCCACCUUCCUCUCCCAAGGCCGUGGCCAACAGAGACCUCCUGACUCGUCUCCACAAAGCAGUGACUUCCCAUUACCAUGCCAUCGCCCAGGACUGUGAGAAUUUUGACACCAUGAAAACGAACACCAUCUCCAGAGAUGAGUUCAGAGCCAUUUGUACUCGCCACAUCCAAAUCCUGACGGACGAACAGUUUGACAGACUCUGGAACGAGAUGCCAGUCAAUGCCAAGGGGAGACUGAAAUGCCCGGACUUCCUGAGCAGGUUCAGUUCUGAGACACCAGCCACACCAAUGGCCUUGGGCGACUCGGGCACAGCCCAGAGAGGGAGCAGUGUCCCUGACAUCUCGGAAAGCACCAGAUCUGCCCUCUCAUCACCCACUCGGGAGCUGAGACCAGGGUCAAAGUCUCGGAGUCACCGCUGUACUCCAGCGAACACCGCCACAAUCCCGGGCACUCCACCCUUGCAGAACUGUGAUCCCAUAGAGAGCAGGCUCCGGAAGAGAAUCCAGGGCUGCUGGCGAGAGCUCCUGAAAGAAUGCAAGGCGAAGGAUGUGGGCAGACAGGGGGACAUCAACACCUCCGAGUUCCUGGCUCUUGUGGAGAAAUUCAACCUGGACAUAAGCAAAGAGGAGUGUCAGCAGCUCAUUAUAAAAUACGACUUAAAGAACAAUGGGAAAUUUGCAUACUGCGACUUCAUUCAGAGCUGUAUCCUCCUGCUAAAAGCAAAGGAAACCUCACUGAUGCAGAGAAUGAAAAUCCAGAACGCACACAAAAUGAGAAAAGACUGUCCUCAUUCCAUCUUCACCGGAGCCAAGAACGUGAGAACAUGGAGACAUAUGGCUUGCAAGGCUUCUGUCCACUCCAGCCUUCCUCCACCUCUCUCGGCCUCCGUUUCUCCUUCUGGAGAUCUACAGGACUCUAAGGCAUGAAAGAAGCCGGCGCUGAGACCUCUUCUUUUUACUCUGCUCUACUGCGUAUUCAGCCCAAAAUUGUGCACUGCUGGAGGCCAAUGCGGCGCACAUUCAAAAGCUAUGACGAGGCUGGAACGGGGCUGCUCAGCGUGGC